UGUUGAUUCUCAACAUGGUUCAGGGAGCUUCAUGGCGACCAUUGCAGAGGGUCUGACCCUUGCUCAGGCCACUGGUCAGUCACAGCAGACCUUCCUGGACAUACUGUGCCAGGGCCAGAUGGCGAGCACGUUUGUGGACCAGAAAUGCCAAAAUAUUCUACAGGGCAACUUUAAGCCAGACUACUAUUUGAAACACAUUCAGAAGGACCUGAGGUUGGCCAUCUCCAUGGGCGACAUGGCCAACCACCCCACCCCGAUGGCUGCAGCCGCUAACGAGGUCUAUAAGCGGGCCAAGGCGCUGGACCAGUCAGACAACGACAUAUCGGCCGUCUACAGAGCCUACAUCCACUAGGGGGAGGUGACGCCUCCUCUGCCCCGCCUCCUUUAAUCCAUUAGUUCUUCUCUUCUACUCACUUUCUUUCUAACUGCGCUUGUUUAAUUAGCCAC